AUGUAAAAUGAUGCAAUCGAUUAUUUGAAAAUCUUCACAUCAUUAACUAUAUUGAAAGCAUUUUGUUCUAGUGUCCAUCAUUAUAAAAUUAAUUAGAUGCCAUCUUCACAUUAUGAAACCGUAAAUAUGUGAUCAUGAUAUUAUGAUAGGAAUCAACUUUGACUACACUAAUGAAAAUUCAAAUGUAAUUCAAUUUUCUACUUCUUCAUUCCACAUUGUUGUUUAAACACUUGGAAAAUGUUUAAGAAAUAAGUUAAUUUAACCUAUUUUUAUUGAUAUCAAUAUGUCUAUUUGUUAUGACUUUAUUAUUGACAGAUUACAGAUGGCUUAUGAAAAUAUAUAGAUACGAAAAUCAUAUUCUCAGAGAAGAUUAUCCUAUUAUUGAAUUCUUAGGAAUACAAAUCUUUAUGAUGUUUGGAUGUGCCUUACUAAUAACUAUUUAAUGGUUCACAAUUCCAAUUCUCUCAGAUCUAAUGUAUUUACUUUUAUGCAUUUACAAAAUACCAUAAAUCAUUAAAUGUCACCAAAAUAAUUAAAUGCCUAAUAUCACUUAUUUCUGCUUUCUUGAGGAUUAUUGUAUAUUCAUUUUUUUCUCCUACUAUAGAGGUUGCCCCAUCAAUAUCUUUAAACUACAAACUAAUUUUGGAAUUUGUAUUAGUGUAGCCAUUUUAAUAUGCAUUCAGCAAUGUAUAUUACUCUAUUAGUAUUACAUUAAACCCUAAUUAUACAAUAAUAAGUCAUAGGUUGAAGAUUUUAUUAAAUAAAUUAGGGAAUAAAAUAUUUAUUCAACCUUUGAUGAUUUAGUAAUUAACAGUAACCUUGAGUGUGCAAUUUGUCUUCAAGGUAUUUUACAUAACUAAUUCUUUAUAAAUUUAAUUCGAUCCUUAAGAUCCAAUAGUUUUAACUUGUUGUUCCCACAAGUUUCAUGA